AAACUGUUUAUAUGAGCUCUGUAACAAAUAUAGAUUACUCUGAACAAAUUCUGAAAUAAAUACUGCUUUAACGCUGUGUACCUUGGUAGGAAUGGAUGCCAAUUUUAUUGGAGACGUAGCAGAACAUGAAGAUGACAAUGGAAGGAAUCUCCAUGUGUCUGAAAUUCGAAGUAAUCUGCUGAAACAGAUGAUGUAUGAUGGAAUGCAAAUUGUCAGUGGAGCAGCCCUUGCAACAUACUCUUGGAAGUUGGGUUUUCAUUCAAUCUCAACUUUUGUGUUUUCUACAAUUGGUGCAGCUGGUGUUAUUGGUUUCUGUAUGAACAUUCGUAAAUAUUCCCAAAUAGCAUCAAAUAUUCAAAAAGGAGGAAUUGGGCCAAAGUGGUAUUUAACAACAGGAACCGUUACUUAUUUUUCUAAUGUCUAUGCACUCAGUGAAGCUUUGAUGCGUAGUCACGAACUAUGGAUUCCCUGUGUUGGAGUGGGAGGUUUCGGCUACUGUCUCGCCGUAUCGUCAAUGAACAGUUUAGGAAGAACAAUUUUGAACAGAAUGCCACUUUUGAAAUGCGUUCAGCUGAUGUUCGGACCGGCGCUAAUUGCAGGCGGUGCUUACUACCUGCUGGGAUUUCGACAGCAUGACGACAUGUUCUGUUUGCCUUGGAUCGCUUUUGUUGCUGUUGGAAAUCAUAUUGCAUUCACUGGAUAUAAACGCUUUGGAAGCAAUGACCAGCCCAAUUGGUUGCUGUUCAAAGGAAUCGAAUUACUUUUAGGUGGCUGCAUUAUGUGCAUCAAUGGGGCAGUGCUGGUUGUUUAUUCAAUGAACAAUGGAUACCAUGCAAUUAUUACUGUUUUUUACUUCACAAUGAUUCUCAACGGUAUUUCGGAUAUCUCCAGCUCGUUAGAAGCUUUCCAGGAAUAUGCUGAUUUGGAGCCACAAGUAUUUAAUUGUAUUUGUGGUAUGACAGCAGGGCCAGUUAUCUUCUUAUCGACUUGCCUUGGUGUAAAAUUUAUACAAAAUCCAAUAGUGGUGCCUUCCUUUUUCUUAGCGGCUGGAAUAAGUCUUGUUCUGCUCAUUAAAUCAGUCAUGGAUCUUCACGAUCUCCUUCCUCGGAGGAUGUUUUUCAGAUACAGUCGGCGGGUAUUGGGUCCCGUGAUAACCGUGUGGGGCACCGUGGUUACAAUAUACACUGGUUACCACUUGGGAUGGCGCUCUUCUCUGGUGGCGAUAUCUUUAAUUCCUAUGGGGGUGUUAGCAACAUACAGAGGUUUCACAAAUAUGGAUGAACUUGAGUGACAAGAUUUUGAUGUAGUAUCAUAACUGUGUAUAUGCAUCGUAAUGCUCCCAAAUCGAAUCUUUUUACUUCAUUCGAAUAUUUACUCACAUUGCACCAACCCGUGAUCCUCAAAUGUUUCUAACGUACCAUGUCUUUAAGAUUUUAAACUUGUUCAGCCUUGGCGAACUAAUUGAUUUUAUUGUUAUAUUUAACUUUUUUUUAUUAAAUGGAAUGAUUCAA